AUGUACACGGCCCUGGGUGGUGACGAGCUGAUUGGGCUGGUUGACCCUUCGGCGCGAGAAUUUNACUGGUGCGUCAGCAACGAGAGCGUGUACGGACGGAGCGGGUCGAGUUCGGUUGUGCAAGGACUGGCGGCAGCGACACCAGAGCAGCGAUGCCGGAGCAGCGGCACCGGAGCAGCGGCACCGGAGCAUGCGGACGGCAUCGAACCGUGACGCACGGACAAACAUCUCUCGUGUUGUCGAUUAUUGUCCGUGUUUUUCCUGAAUAUAGGUGUUGGGUAUUUGUGAUGACGUCACUGGUUUUGUAGAGAGACGCGGCAGAGAUGGCGCGGAUAACCCGGGUGCCUUGAUUGUGUACCUGCAUCAUUUUCUGUUGCCCUCUCCCCCGUUUGCUGUCGCGUUUAGACUGUCUCUACGGAUAUCCCUGUCUCUGUGCGAGUUUGUUUAUGUCCUCGUCUGUCUUUGGUUUUUUUCGUUGUAUUUUGUUUUGUUUUUUUACUGGCACGUACUGUUGACCCUUGGGGUCCUUCCGGAAGGCUACCCCCCAGGCUGGUGGUGCGCACAUUCCACUAUUUAUUUAUUUAUUUGUUUCUGAUUCUUUUGUUUUCUUGUUUUU